CGCGCUCAAACUUUGAACGCACGCUGCUACGAACGCACGCACUGCAAUAUCGCGGGUGACCGUCACGUAUAAAGUAUCAUUCGUUCUUAACGUUCGCUUACGCGAAAGUGUUUUGUGUACAUCACUACUAUCGGAUCUAACAAUGCAUCUAAGUUCAGUGCAAGUGUGCGCGUUGUUGACGCUGACGCUGGCGGCGGCUGCGCCCCCCUCCACGUCGCACCACGUCGCGCGCCGCUCCUUCUUCAACCUGCAAUGCAAAGGCGUGUACGACGCAGCCAUCUUUGCGCGCCUCGACCGCAUCUGCGAUGACUGUUACAACCUCUUUAGGGAACCCCAGCUUUAUGCCCUUUGCAGGUCGAAAUGUUUCACCUCGCCCUACUUCAAGGGUUGCAUGGAGUCUUUGUACCUCUACGACGAGGAGGAACAGAUAGAUCAAAUGAUCGACUUCAUCGGGAAACGCUAACGCACACAGCCAGUCCAACAUAUUCGCGCCAUUUCUUGACACAUGACGCCAUCUUGUUUAACCCAACCGAGUAAUACUGCUACAGAUUAAAUGAAAACAGAGUAUUCAAUCAACAGAUAUAAACGCUUUGCCAACAAAAUCAAAAAGCAGAAACGAUAUGUCAAGUUCCUCCAGAUUGACGUCUGCUUUCUAUCCUCAACGUAUUCUAGUCUUUAACGCGACAUAAAAAUUAUUUAUGUUUGCAACUAAUUGUAAUGUUAUCAUAAUUUGUAUUAGAUAAUGUGUAUACAGUGUAAGGACAUUUAUUUUGUGUUAAGUGUUGUAAGCUUCGCAAGCUAUGGGAGUGUAAAUUAUAUUAAAGAUUUGUUUUAUUGACUAUAUUAGAUCACCUCCUAGGUAUAAAAACAAUCAUUCAAAAAAUUCGAGGCAGAUAUUAUCUGGUUCCGAUGCUGGUCAUCCUAUUAUGAAUCUGUCUCUGAACAAAAAUAAUCCGACUGAGAUUGCCUAUUUAAUUAUACAUAAAUGUGACGCAUUCCAAACACAGUAUUUAAUAAAAUAAUUACUUACGCUUUUUAUCUAAAUUUUUCUACUAACAUUUAGGUUUUGUUUGUAUUAUUGAUGGUAUUAUGUAUUAUAUAGAUCGCCUAACGUAAGCCUUUGUAAUAUAUAGUUGUAUGUAACUCACAAAAGUGGCUUUUAAAUGUAUCUAUUCAAAUUAAUUUUUUAAUUUAGUUUAAAUUGGUCGCAUUGUAUUUAAAUCAUACUACAUUUAGUUUUAUUCGACCAUAUACGAUAGAACAGGACGGUAGAGCGACAUAUGUUCAAAGUAGUGUUAUAAAAAAAAACUAUUUUUUUCAAAAUUAAUUAUCCGUAAAAUAGUGCCAUCUUCGAUAACAAUAAUAAUUAAACAAUUCGAAAAUAGAAUCCAUUCGCUUUACCGUUAGUGAAAUAGUUCAGUUCUAGCAAUCAAUUCAAUUAGUGUAUAAGUAUUUAUAAAGAUUUAUUUUUUUUGUAUACUUCCGAACUAUUUAUUUGUUAUUAUUUACAAUAUAUUUAUUGUGAUGGUAUUCCUUGCAACCAUAGAGAUUACCAGUGAUUUUGAUUACGGAAAUGAAAAAUUUACUCAGUGUUUCUGAUUUUUUAUGUAUAAGUUGCGGUUUUUACUUAUUGACUGUUUUGUUAGUUCAACUGAAACUCUUCUCUGUGUUCGAAUCUCAACUUUGUUUAAUUUCUUUUAGCGUUUCUUACCUCACGAGUGAUACCAUAGACAAGAUUUUUUUAUUCUUUCUAAUCGAGCUUGUGAGGAAGUCCAUAAAGUAACAUAGCAUACUUACACAGUCCUAUAAUAUUUAGAGAAAUGGUGCCAAUUAUUGUCCCAAGAAAAUAGAUAUAACGAAUUUAGCUAAUGGUUAAUGAGAGAUGUAAAUCAAUUUAUAGGACCUAUGAAAUUUAUGUAAAAAAAAUAUAUUGAAUUAUUAAAAAUAUUUAACUAUUUGUAUAAAUUUUUAUAUAAAACAGCUAAGAAACGCUACGGGUUCCAUGAAAUAUAUUUCAUUUUGAAAAGUC